AAAAAAUGAAAAUGGAAAAUCUCAGGGUCCUUAAAGGGAUAAUUAGGAAUUUUGACACAAGUGAAUCUUUUGAUAGAUGGGGGGCGCCCUCCACCGCCUGGUGCCGUGUUCGCACUAUGAAGUUGCUGACCGCUGUUAUUACACUUCACAGGGUCGAUGGCAGUGGCUGAAACAUGCGAGAAAUCUGUGUCAGAACCGCCUGGUGAUCGCAGCGGCGAUCAGUCUCAUCGUGGUCGUAGUCCUUGGAGGUAUCUUCUCUCGUGUUAUCGGCCCCUUCCCUCCUGAAUCUCCCUCCUGCCCCAAUAAGUGGAUGAGGUCUGAAGGGAAAUGCUACUUUAUGUCACUGGAAACAAACAACUGGAAAUCCAGCCUGGAAUUCUGCCGAUCAGAAGGAGGAACACUGCUGACCACAGAUGAUGAGACGCAGGAAGAUAUAAAGACUCUCUCUAACCUGACCGGGGACUACUGGGUCGGCCUGAAAAAGGAAGGAGGAGAGUGGAAGCAGAUGGAUGGUUCAGUGUGGACGGGACCCAUAGAGUAUGAUGGCCCCCAGUUGAGCUGCUGUGUGUUGGAUUCGGGGAAAUAUUUGGCCUUUGCUUGUUCAACUCAUAGGCCCUGGAUCUGUGUGAAGUCUGCGGUCGCUGGGAUCAGUAACGCAGGGAGCACAGACCGUGAUCAGCAGGGUCGCCUCUCUGUAUGCUGACCGGCCGGGAUGGCCGCAGGGUCGCCUCUCUGUAUGCUGACCGGCUGGGAUGUCCGCGGGGUCGCCUCUCUGUAUGCUGACCGGCCGGGAUGGCCGCAGGGUCGCCUCUCUGUAUGCUGACCGGCUGGGAUGUCCGCGGGGUCGCCUCUCUGUAUGCUGACCGGCUGGGAU